CACGCGAAGUGUGAUCGUCACAAGAGAACAUGUGAUGGUGAGGCCGCCAUGAUAAAUUUCUAAACAUCAGGCGGUUUGUAUGCCAUUUUACAGGAUAUGUGAUUUAUUUCAAAUUAGAGACUAGUUGAUUGAUCAGUUUUAAGUCACAGGGAUAUACGGAUAUGACAUAUACGGAUUACUAUAUAAAAACUAAACAAAGACGUUUUGAUGUUUCAUCUUUUUGUCGUUAAGAUCGAGAUAAUGCCAUUAUUUCUUUCUCUGUAUAACCAUCGAAAUAUAUCUCAUUUGUAGCUGAUACUGUGUGAAAAUAGAUUGAUCGACGAUCAACUUAUUGUAAACUUAACAAUUUGUGAUGACUUACUUUGUAAAAAAAAAUGUCUCGCUGAAAGGGCUAUAUAAACGUGAAUGAAACGUCUUUGCAUCAUUUAAAACGGUCGAAAUGUCGAAUUUUUCGGAUUAUUGUGAUAGAAAUUUCACACACACAAUACCAAACUUUACAGUGUCCUUUGGAUUUUACAUCGGGCUUGGAGUUCUUGGAAAUCUUGUCGCAUUUAUCCUUCUGCUUAAACAAUCAAAAUUUCACAAAUGGAAAGUGUUCUACCGCCUCGUUUUGAUGCUUGUCUGUGUCGACCUUGCGGGAAUUGUGAUCUUCAGCUGUAUCAGCAUCAUUGAAAGCCCCCUGACUAAAUGGGCGGAUUCAGAUUCUCUGUGCAAAGUGGAAUCUAUCCUUAUCAGUUUUAUAUCAUUGACAAAUUUAUUCGUCGUUACCUUCAUCGCUAUUGAGAGAUUUCUAGCUCUAUGGCAUCCGUAUUUUUACUCCUCGGUCAAGGGUCAUCCGUUGGCAAUGUUGUCACCGGUCGCCAUUGUUAUUGUCACUGCCGUCCUGGCGUCGUUGGCGCUGACCCAGAGCAAUUUCGUCAAGAUCUACCCUUGCAACUUCUGUUUCAUUAACAUUUACAGCAAAAACUAUGCAGACUAUAUAUUUGCUUUCGUGUACAUAAUUAUUGGUCUAGUUUUGGUUGCCGUUGCAAUUGUUAUGAACAUAUUGGUGGCGAUUGCGCUAUCUCGCGGGCAACGAGGUUAUUCGAGACAACGCGAGAGUCGAAUAUAUAUAACCAACGACAAGAGAGAUUACUGCGGGAUGCUGUUUCAAAUAGGAGCCGCCAUUGCUGAGGUGGCUGUGUGCUGGAUACCGAUAAUGAUUAGAAUGCUUAUAACAAUGACUGGGGACGAAACCAGCGAAAAAGACAUGAAGAACAAUUAUCUGUUUUUCCGGUUCGCUAGCUGGGCCCUCGUCGUGGAUCCCUGGAUUUAUGUUCUGUUACGGCGGGAAAUCAUAAUGAACAUCUGCAUCUUCUUUCAACGACAGCAGCGCCCUCGUCUGACGUCAUCGGGUGACGCAGUAGAACGGAAGUCUAAUGACGAGAGGAAAUCUUUAGCCAACGACGAGAAAAGAGCAAGUUAUGGAACCAUUUAGCGACAAUUUUGCUUGUAUGAAAACAGUGACGAUCUACGGUUUUCUCAUAUCAUUAUGGGGUUUUUUUUCACGUUUUGUGCCAUAUAUUUAUAUAUAUAAAUAUCUUAAAAAUUUUAUACAUAAACCAUGUAUCAAAAAACACAGAGAGAGAGAGAGAGAGAGAGAGAGAGAGACAGAGAGACAGAGAGACAGAGAGAGACAGAGACAGAGACAGACAGACAAACAGAGGUAUGAAUCACGAAAAGUUAUGCAAAACGAGUCACAAUUUUCGAAUAUAUUUGAAAAAACAGUUGUUUCUGUAUAAUAGUAUGUUGUUGCUGAACAUCACUUUUAAUUUAUUCAAUGUUGAGCCAUCUGAUACCAAACGUUUUGACUUAUAAACAGACACUCAACUGAAUUACUUUGUACAAGAAAACAUAAAUCUGGACCAUUGAAAACACA